UGAGGGUGUCCCGCCAUCACGUGACCUUGCCCACAUGACCCGAAGCAAACGGGCAAAAUGGACGUGAGCCCCCCGCCCAGGCAGGCCCUGCUCUGGGCCCUGGCCCUGCUGCUGGCGCUGGAGCUGCGCAGCCUGGAGGCCGUGGUCCACAGAGACGCAGACCCUGGCUUUCGGGAGGCCUACUUUGAGCAGCUCCUGGACCAUUUCAACUUUGAGAGGUUUGGGAACAAGACCUUCCUCCAGCGGUUCCUAGUGUCAGAGAAGUUCUGGAAAAGGGGCGAGGGGCCCAUAUUCUUCUACACGGGCAACGAGGGGGACGUGUGGUCCUUCGCCAACAACUCAGGGUUCAUCUUGGAGCUGGCGGCGCAGCAGGCAGCCCUUGUCGUUUUUGCGGAGCACCGGUACUACGGAAAGUCACUCCCGUUCGGGGAGCGGUCCACGUGGCGCGGGUACACGGAGCUGCUGACGGUGGAGCAGGCCCUGGCCGACUUCGCAGGGCUGCUCCAGGCGCUGCGGCAGAAGCUUGGGGCCCUGGACGCCCCCGCCAUCGCCUUUGGCGGGAGCUAUGGGGGGAUGCUCAGCGCCUACCUGAGGAUGAAGUACCCCCACCUCGUGGCGGGGGCGCUGGCGGCAAGCGCACCUGUCAUCGCAGCGGCAGGCCUCGGUGACCCCUACCAGUUCUUCCGGGAUGUCUCAGCGGACUUCGAGGGCCAGAGUCCUGAGUGUGCCCAGGCCGCGCGGGAUGCCUUCCAGCAGAUCAAGGACUUGUUUCUACAGGGAGACUAUGACACGGUCAGCCAAGAGUUUGGCACCUGCCAGCUGCUCUCUGGCUCAAAGGACCUACUGCAGCUCUUUGGGUUCGCCCGGAAUGCCUUCACCCUGCUGGCCAUGAUGGACUACCCAUACCCCACCGACUUCAUGGGGCAUCUUCCUGCCAACCCCGUCAAGGUCGGCUGUGAGCGGCUGCUGAGCAAAAGCCAGAGGAUCAAGGGGCUCCGUGAGCUGGCUGGGCUGGUGUACAACUCCUCAGGCCUGGUGCCCUGCUAUGACAUCUACCUGCAGUACCAGGCCUGUGCGGACCCCACAGGCUGUGGCUUGGGUCCCAAUGCCAAGGCCUGGGACUACCAGGCUUGUACUGAGAUCAGCUUGACGUUUUCCAGCAACAACGUGUCAGACAUCUUCCCCGACCUGCCGUUCACCGAGGCCCUCCGCCAGCAGUACUGCCUGGACACGUGGGGCGUGUGGCCCCGGCAGGACUGGCUGCAGACCAGCUUCGGGGGGGGCGAUCUUACAGCCGCCAGCAGCAUCAUCUUCUCCAACGGCGACCUGGACCCCUGGGCAGGGGGCGGGAUCCAGAGCAACCUGAGCUCGUCGGUCCUCGCCAUCACCAUCCAAGGGGGAGCACACCACCUGGACCUCAGAACACCCCACCCAGAGGACCCGGAAUCUGUGGUGGAGGCGCGCAAGCUGGAGGCCACCCUCAUUGGCAAGUGGGUGGAGGCGGCCAGGCAAGAGUGGCGACUGGCACAGCACACGGGGCCUAGAGGCUGAGGGGCGCUCCCGCAGUGGGGCCAGAGAAGCCUUGCCCAGAGCAGCAGUCUGGGGAGAGAAGCCAUGGCCCACCUUCCUAAACCCAGAGCUCAGCCCAGGGUGGGCAGGCCCUUGCCCGAGGGAGAGGCUGAACACUGGCAGCCUGGCAAGCAUGUCCUGUCCUGGCUACGGCUAGGUCAGGAAAGCAGGACACUGAGCACAGACAUGUGACCUCCUAAACUCACUGUUGAAUAAAGCAGUCCUCAGCUCCA